GACGAAAGGCAGUGGGGAGCCUCUGUCUUUAAUGACCUGGCUUUGCAGUUUGCUAAAAGAUCGAAGAACAUUUUUACUUGGAUGUUAAGUCCAAUUAAAAGAAAAAGAUUUAUAUGUAAGCCAUAUGAAAAUAAAGGGAAUUAAAACCAAAUCAGACCAUUGCAGAUUUCAUCUUAAAGAUAAUCUUUUGCUUCACUAGCUUUCUACUUACAUACUUAACUCUCUGGCUCCCGGGCUUAUUUUCUUGCACUGGUGUGAAUCUGGUAAACAUGACAGGCUUGAGAAAAUCGUAUUUUAUUAAUUCUGUAAUGUAUGUUGUAUUUUUGUUUUUGUUUUCACAUUUUACCUUGUCCAAAAUUGGGAUGUGUCUCAUGAUUACUGUGAUGAACCAGGAGAGGGUCGUGAUGUAAUUAUCCCAGCCUGUGCGGGUGGGAACUUAUUAAUGGCUUGUCACAGCAUUGUCACCGUAUUGUUGGUACCAAAUGUGUCAGGUGUAAUUGGCAUUUAAAGAUGUCUUCAAAAAGAUUGCACUAUGAUUCAGCAUUGAAACGAAAAGUGAUUGUGUACGCAGAAAAGCAUGGAAACAGGGCAGCGGGGCGAACGUUCGGGAUUAGUGAAGCAAAUAUCCGGCGCUGGAGGAGUGACCGCCAUUCCAUAUUUUCUUGUAAAGCAACAACAAAGUGCUUUACGGGGCCUAAGAAAGGAAGAUAUCCACAGGUGGAUGAAGCUGUACUACGUUUUGUUAGCGAGAUGCAUGCGAAAGCAUUGCCCGUGACGCGCCAAGCAAUGCGAUCGAAGGCAGGAGAAAUCGCCAAAACCCUGGGAAUAGAAGAAACAAAAUUCAAAGCGACCAGAGGCUGGUGUGACCGGUUCAUGCGCCGAGCAGGGUUAUCUCUAAGGUGGCAGACCUCAUUUUGCUCAGAACUUUCGGCUGACAUUAAGCAGAAGAUGGUGGUGGAGCACUCUUUCAAGAAACACCGUAUCCCCAGUGCGCUUGAUGACCCCACGGGUGCUCUUACGUGGAUGAAAGCAGACAGCCAUGGCUGUGAUUUGAGAAGUGAUUCAGAAGAGCUGGACUCAGAAUAUGAGGUGAUAGUUAUAACCUAACCAGUUAACUUCAUACACUUUCUUUUGGGUAUGCACAAGAUUGAUGUGUUAAACAUCUGCUUUACUCUAAAAAACCGUUUCAAUAAAU